UCAACACCUGAUGUAGGCCGCCAAACCAGAAUCAAAAACUCGCCGAACCGCGUUUGCAGCAAAACGGGAAAACGGCUGUAGGCCUCAGGCGGUGAUAGGCCCCUGUUAUCGCCGCCAUCUUUAUUGGGGGCAAGGUGCAACAUUGCACGUGAUCCUUGUGGGGAGGGACAGGGUGAUUUGAAGAGGAGUAUUUACACAGUAAACUAAAAUCAAGGGAAACGGUAGCCUUUUCUAAGUUUCCGUCCUGGACCAAUAGUAAAUUUUCUUUUGUGAGUUCAUUUUUACAGGUUAUUAAUUGAGAAAAUUGUGCAGACUGGGAUCUCAAAACAUGCUCUGACAGAGGAGUCAAUCAGGAUCCGAAUAUCAUUGGCAUUUAACUGUGGAAGGAAAAAGUUAGAGACUUCAAAUUAAACCACUUCCAGAUCCACCAGUCACUGUGUUUAUCAUAACCAGUUUUGAACAUGGAAGGAAAAUGCACUGUUCACACUGGAGAGAAACACACAUUAUGUGAAAGCGUCUGUGAAGUUUCAUCUGAAAUGUCCAAAGGCCAGUGCAGUCACACUGGGGAGACACUGUUAAUAUGUGGAGAUUGUGGGAAAGGAUUUUUUUACCCAUCCCAUCUGGAAACUCACGAAAACAGUCACACUGGGGAGAAGCCAUUCAUCUGUUUUGAUUGUGAGAAGGGAUUCACCCUGUCAUCCGACCUGCAGAUAGACCAACCAGUUCACACCGGAGAGAGACCGUUCACCUGCUCCGACUGGGGGGAGACAUUUGCACACUCAUCCAACCUGCUGACAGACCAGCAACUUCAUUCAGGGGACAGACCAUUCAUGUGUUCAGAGUGUGGAAAAGGAUUUGUGCAGUUAUCCAGCCUGCAGAUACACCAGCGAAUUCACACUGGGGAGAGACCAUUCACCUGCUCCGAUUGUGGGAAAGGAUUCACUUGGUCAUCCAGCCUGUUGAUGCACCAGCGGGUUCAUACUGGGGAGAGGCCGUUCACCUGCUCCGAUUGUGGAAAGGGAUUUACUCGAUCGUCUAUCCUGCAGAUACACCAGCGAAUUCACACUGGGGAGAGACCAUUCACCUGCUCCAACUGUGAAAAGUCAUUCACUUCAUCAUCCAGCCUGCAGAUACAUCAGCGAGUUCACACUGGGGAGAGACCAUUCAUUUGCUGUGAUUGUGGAAAAGGAUUCUCUUCGUCAUCCAACCUGCAGGUACACCAGCGACUUCACACUGGGGAGAGACCAUUCACUUGCUCCGUGUGUGGGAAAGGGUUCACUCAGUCGUCGAAACUGUUGGAACAUCAGGGAGUUCACACUGGGGAGAGACCCUUCAUCUGCUCCCAGUGUGGGAAGGGAUUCACUUCAACAUCCAGCUUGCUGAAACACCAGCGAAUUCACACUGGGGAGAGACCAUUCACCUGUUCUCAAUGUGGAAAAGGAUUCAUUUGCUCAACUAAACUACUGGAACACCAGCGGAUUCACACUGGGGCGAGACCAUUCACCUGUUCUGAAUGUGGAAAAAGAUUCACUUCAUCGUCCAACUUGCUGGAACACCAGCGAAUUCACACUGGGGAGAAACCAUUCACCUGCACCCAUUGUGGGAAGUCAUUUACCAAAUCAUCCCACCUGCGGAGACACGAGCGAAUUCACACUGGGGAGAAACGGUCACUCAGUCAACUUCCUUGCUGAUGCAACAGCCUGCUUACUGUAUGGAGAGACUAUUCGCCAAUUCUGUAUAUGGUAAUGAAUUCCUUCUGUCAACCAAAUUGUUAACUUACUGGUGAAAUGACCCUGGAUGGAUCCCGUUCACCUGCUGUGUUUGUGUAAGAGGCUUUGCUGUUUGCUAACAUUCUGGCAAUUUCAUGAAGAAUAACAGGUGAAGGGUUUUUCUUUUACUCAGACCAAUUAAUGAAUGUCGGUCAUUGGGACAUUUGUAUUGGUGUUAUUAACUUACGAUCUAUUAAAAGGUACUGAUAUUGUAGGUAAUAUGUUGAUAAAAUUGUGUAUCUAUAGGAUACGUUUUGCAAGCAAUCACAAUGUCGCUGUAUGUCAACACAUUUACACUGGGUACAGACUGUCCAUCUGCUUCUUGUUUGUUUGUGAAGUGAUUUUGUCGUUCAUCUGGAUUGGUUAAACAAAAUGAUUCCCCUCUUUUCAGUAUUGGAUUUAAAUACUAUUGCUUUCUGUAUCCAAAUCAUGCUUUCUGGCUUUAUUUCUCAUGAUGUUUGCAAACACUAGAGGUUCAAUUACUAUUUUGGGAUAAAAAUGAUCCAAAGCAGCUUUUUGUUAAAACUAUGAUGCAUCAAAUCUUUGUCUCAUUCUGAAAGCCUUAGAGAUAAGAUAAUCAUUUGGGUCUGUGGGACAAGAUGUGGAACAUGUGGAAGUCGAGAGGGGCAGACCAAAGGCAAAUUUGAAAACAAGGGUGAGGAUUUUAAAAUUGAGGCAUUACUGAACAGGGGACCUUAGAUGUUUUUAAAUAUAUUUCUUCAUGGGAUGUCGGCAGUGCUGCCUGGAUCAGCACUUAUUUCUCAUCCCAGGUGCUCUGGAGCAAGCACUGCAUGUGGACAUGUCUGUGAUCUUUGACGGCCCAGUGCAGAGGGAACUGGGCAAGUCAGAGGAUCUUCUGUCAGUUUAGGAUCAGUGAAAUCAAGCUUGACAAAUCUACUGAAGUUUUCUUUGUCGCUUUGACCAGUGGAACUAGUUGAUUUUGGUCAUUUUUGAUUUUCCAAAAGCUUUUGAUAAAAUCCCACUGAAGAGCUUAAUUUAUAAAAUCAAAGUAGACACGACUGUUGGUAAUAUAUUGAUGUGGAUUGAGAAUUGGUUAGCAAACAGGAAACUCUGAGCAGAAGGUUGGAGUACACUGUAACCUCGAUUAUCCGAACAACAAAGGCAGGGAGUAUUUUGUUCCAAUAAUCAAAUGCCAGAUAACACAGUUUAGCCAAGCAUUGGAGCUUGCGAUCUUGUUUGGAUAAUCCAAAAUUCAGAUAAUUGAGGUUCCUCUGUAUAAGGUUUUGACAAGUCAGGCACCACAAGGAUCAGUGUCCUUCGACCCCAGCUAUUCAAAUCAUACAUCAGUGAUGAGAGAAUCCAACAUAAUACUUCCAAGUUUGUUGACAAAGACUGGGAAGGAUUAAGACUGAGCAGGACACAGAGGUUUCAGAGUGAUUUAGUCAAUUUGAGUGAAUGAAAAAUGCAUGGCAGAUGCAGUAUCAAUGUAAAGUUAUCCACUUUGGUAGAAAAUUCAGAAUGGAAAAGUAUUAUUUAAAUACUGAUAGAUUUGCAACUGCUGAUGCACAAAGGGACCUGGUUGUCCUUCUACACCAGUCAUUCAAAGCAAGAAGUUAGGAAGGCAAAUUGAACUUUUGUCUUUCAUUGCAAGAGGGUUUGAGUGCAGGAGCAAGGAGGUCUUACAGCAGCUGUGCAGGGUUUUGUGAGGUGAUGAGUGGAGUCUAUGUGCGAGUUUGGUCUCCUUCACGCAGAAACAUUUAUUCUUGCUGCAGGCAAACAGCAAUCACUUGCACUGUUGAAGUCAACAGUGAGGGACGCACGUCACUAUCCUUGAAUCAGAAGGAAGUUCCAGCUGCUUCAUUUUUUUGAGUCCGCUAUGGAGACUAUGUCAAUUGAUGACAACUCUGUAAAGGUUUGUCCACAAUGUGGAAGUGGGUGAUGUUCUGUCACUCGCGCUUCAUUUCCCUGUCGCAGAGCAAUACAGAGUCUGAUGGCACUGUUUAGUGAGGCCUGCAGUGGGAGUGUCUAAACCAAAGAAAAAGAUGAUAUGGAUAGAGAAAUCCAAAAUGAGCCAUGUGAAAUAUUAGGCAAAAUAAUAAUAAUGAGAGGAAGUGUUAGAUGGAAUCAUUGAAAGUAGGUAAGUCACUCGGGCCAGAUGAAUUGCUCCCUAGGAUGUUGAAGUAGGCCAGGGUGAAAAUAGCAGAUGCUGUGAAGAUUAUUUUCCAAUCUUCACUAGACAGGAGAUCUGUGGCCAGGGGUGUACCACAAGGAUUGGUACUGGCUCCACUGCUUUGUUCUUUAUAAAUGAUUUGGAUGUGAGUACAAGAGGUAUGGUUAGUAAGCUUGCAGGUAACACCAAAAUUGUUCAUGUAGUCAAAAGCAAAGAAGGUUACCUCACAGCACAACAGGACCUUGAUCAGUUGGGCAGGUGAACCAAGUGGCAGAUGGACUUUAAUUUAAAUAAAUGAGAGGUGUUGCAUUUUGAUAAGGCAAAUCGGGGCAGAACAUAGGCACUUCAUGUUAAAGUCUUGGGGAAUGUUGCUGAACAAAGUUCCUUGGAGUGCAAGUUCAUAGUUCCUUGAAAGUGGAGUUGCAGGUAGACAGGAUAGUAAAGAAGGCAUUUGGUAUCUUGACCUUACCGUUCAGCAGAUAAGCAUAGGAGUUGGGAGGUCAUAUUGCGGCUGUGCAGGACAUUGGUUAGGCCCGUUUUGGAAUACUGCCUUCAUUACUGGCCUCCCUGUAGUAGGAAGGAUGUUGUGAAACCUGAAAGGGUUCAGAAAAGAUUUACAAAUUUGUUGCCAGUGUUGGAGGGUUUGAUCUAUAAGAAGAGGCUAAAUAGACUGCAGUUAUUGUCCCUAGAGUGUUGGAGGCUGAGGGGUGACCUUAGAGAAGUUCAUAAAAUUUGAGGGUUAUAGAUCAGGUGAACAGCAAAGGUCUACUCCUCAGAGUUGGGGAGCCCAGAACUAGAAGGCAUAGGUUUAUGGUGAGACUGGAAUGAUUUAAAAGAUACCUAAGGGGCAACUUUUUCACACUGUGGUGCAUAAAUGGAAUGAACUACCAGAGGCAUUUGGUACAAUUAUGGUAUUUAGGAGGCAUCUAAAUGGGUAUAUGAAUAGGAAGGGUUUAGAGGGAUAUGGGACUAAAUUAAUUUAGGGUAUCUGGUUGGCAUGGAUAGGUUGGACUGAACCGCCUGUUUCCAUGCUUUGCGCUUUUAUGACUUUAGGUAUGGCUGAGGUGCUGAAUGACUGGAGGAAUCCAAAUAUGGUUUUAUUAUUUUAAAAAGGAAACACCAGACCGCUAUAGACCAGUCAGUCUAACUUGGCUAGCAGGCAAACUGUAAGAAUCAUUCCUGAGAAAUCAGAUGAACUGGCACUGUUAUCUGUCCUGUUGAUAUGCCAGAGUUCACACAGGGAAGAGGCCACCAUUCACCUGCACAAAGUGUUCGCACGGGCAAGAAACUGUUCACGUGCACUGGAGAGUUGUGUUUAGAUGAACACCUUAUCUCACUGCACUGUGGAGGUCACACGAGAGAAGCCGGUCACCUCUGACAGUGGGAAAAGUUUCUCUCAGUCAUCCCACCUGCUGAGGCACCAGCACCUUCACACUGGGGAGAAGCCAUUCAACUGCUCCAAUUUCGGAUGGGAUUCACACAGGUAUCACAUCUGCUAAGUCACUCGGGAGUUCAUGACUAACUGUGCUGAUUGGAUUUAAUUAUUAAUCAUGUCCUGGAGUGAGCCAUGUUCAUUGCUGUCUGUUUCUGCUAAUGUUAAUAACUGCCUGCUUCAUCAUAUGUUAAUGUAGAUACAUGUCAAAUAAAGCUGUUUUGUGUAAAA